GAGAAGGCUCAAAAAGAAAGGCGCAUAAUUGUAAAAAACGGUUUAUAUAAAAGUAAUGCAAUCAUAAUAAACAGUUACAAAGAAUGGCGUUCGCGUAUAUGUUGCAAAAAAACCUCCCAGUUUCUCAUGGGAGUCUUCAUAGUCAUAUGAAACCAGUUUUGGUACAUAAAUUCAUCCAGGUGCAACGGGUAGUGGACAAGAAACAAACGAAGCACGAGAUCCGACGAACAACAUCAAAGAAGCGAUGUACAAACACCCUAUUAGCAUAGGCCGACAGACCAGUAGUCUGUCUGUCUCUGUUUUCGGCAUAGAACUUUGCACUGAUGUGCAGCAGUCAGGUCGCCAUACUCCAUGUAGCACGCAAAGCAAGAGAAGAAAUGCAUAAUAGGGACAGUAAACGGAGGUGUGAGACGAAAGAAUAGUAAUAGCAAAGAAGAAAAUAGUUUCAUUGGAAAUUAUAAGUCACAAGUAGUGAAUGCAUCUGCGCCAUUGAGAACGACUUUUAGGCCAUAUCACCAAUUGUUUCCAGCAAUUGGUUUUUACCGUCCCGAGGACCUCAACCCGGAAGUCUACGUCUUCCUACGUGGCCUAAACUAACUGUGGUAAUCAAUCGACGAGACUGUGAAGUUACUUCGAUUGAGAUGGUUAUGACAUGUGUUACGCAUGUCUAUCCUAGCCUAGCCAUCGCCUUCCUUGAUGGGUAAUAUUAGCUGACAUCGAGUUAGGUUGGAAAAGAUCCGCUGGUUGUCAAACUAAAACAUGGCUUCAUCAGUCAAUAAAUCCAAAACUGUCAAUUAUGAAGAUAUAGACUUCCUGGAUGAGGGCCUCGGAUGUGAUGAGUUAAGUGCGGCGACUUGAGAUGCUCCACGUCAGUGCAAAGUUCUAUGUAGAAACCAGUUAAUCAUUAUUAGUAGCUCUAGUUUUCUCUCCUGUUUGUUGUAGUUUUAUGAGCUAUUCAACCACAUCUGCCAACAAACACCUACUAAUAGUGUAUGUUGAAAGUAGAUUUAACAAUAUACAAGAUGAAUGUUUCUGAUGAUCGUUUAUGUCGGCGAACGCUUUUUUGUACUUAUAUUAAGAAAGCUUUUUCACUGCUUUUUAUGUUCAUCAAUUGAUGUGUGGAGAGUAACUACUGAAAGCACUUGUGAUGCCCUAAUGACCGGUCGAUAGGUCCAUUGUGGUCAAUUAUAAAGUGAAUCAUCGAGCGAAUUGACUGAUUGGUGUCAUCUCUGUGACUGUAGUAGUGUGUGAUGCGACAUGGAGUCAUCCGUGAAGAGAAUCAGUGCCUAGUUGAAGACACACUUUGGUAACGAGUGGCAAUAAGGACAGAAGCUACAUCAACAGUUUUAUGUCGAUUACCUCCAACGAGUCUUGAGAUAACUGUAUAUAUAUAUAUAUAUAUAUAUAUACCCAUGUCAGGUGUCCUAUGCACUGGAAGUUAGUUACUUGUACAUGGUGUUUGUAUGCAGAUUAAACUAGAAGUCGUAGAUGCUACGUGAGGCGGUGGGUUUAUGUUAUUGCUUAAGACGAUAAUUUCAGAUGAUAACAUCAAGAGAAAGGAAACGAUUUGAGGAUUUCUCUGAGACGGACAGCAAAUGAAAUGGUCGAUAAAUUAGUGAAUGCACAUACAUGGGGUUGAUUCAAGGCUGUUCUGAAGAUGCUUCAGCAAUAGUCAAACCUCGACGUGAUUUCUUCUAUUUCUUCAGAGCUUCAUUGACGAUAGAAAAUAUCCCGAAAUAGAGUUAAAUAUCUACUUCUAGAGGGGAAAGAUAAAGAUAAAAAGAAGUAGGCCACACCACUCAUGUGGGUCACACUUGAUUAGAUGUUUCGUAUUCCUACAUCAUUUUCUCUGCACUCUGAUACUGGGUGUUUUCAAGAGAUGAAAAGAAAACCGAGAAAGGAAAUAUGUACCAGCAGAGAGGAAAGUUUCCAGACCUACAUCGAAUUCCACUUCUAUUAGCGCAUAUGAACCACAAAAUCCAGGUUGCAGUAUAAUGACGGGUAUUGUUGGUAGUGAUGAUGAGAACUGGAAGAGUCCAAUGGCAGAGAAGCCGAUGACGGUUAGCAAGAGUGAAUAAUAAAUAAUGAAGUGGAGAGAAUACUUCCAUUUUCUGUUGACUACCAUGCAUAGUUCAGCUUGUACAACUCAGUUUCACAGGAUUUACUGCAUUUAUGAUGUUUAAACUGCUCGAGGAAACAACCAUCUCACCAAGUGAAAAUCCACAAUCUUUCAAUCCCUCCACGAACAAACUUUGUAUCCAUUCGGUUGUUUGCUUUUACUCUUGUUAUUAUUUUUGUAUCAUUCAUGCACAUCUAAUGUACAUGGAAAUUUAUGUUGUAACUUUCGCUUUCACUGUGUAAUUCGGAUACUGACUUCUCAUCAUUGCUACCAUUAUGCUUCCUGUUAUUAAUACCACUUAUUGUUCAUUUCUGAAAGUCAAGUUAUUGUAUUUGAAUAGUCACUGUUAUUAC